AGUGUCGUCAUUGAGCUGGAGCUGCAGGCUUUCAGGCCUGUGAAGAACCGUAAACAUUUGUAGUUUGUAGUCAUGUGUGUUUGGAUGUACGUGGAUGAUGUGACUUUUGUGAUGUUUUAUUUCUUUAUCUAACGGAAGGUAAACUCUACAAUUAUGGAGAUUUGAAACAGACAGGAACAGUUUGGAGGGGAAGGAGAGCUUUCCCCUCACAUUUGGUGGUUGGACUGCAGAACAGGAACAUCAAGGCUUGUUCUUUGUACAUUGUUGGAUUAAAAAACUAUUUUUGCUAAACCUGACAUGUACAUUUUUGUAUAAUUUUGUAUAUCACAUGAUAAAUUUUGUAUUUAUUGAAUUCAUGAUGUCACUGUACGCUGCAAGCAGUGUUGUUUGUGUCCAGUUUGUGUUGGAAAUGGUGGACUGAAGCAGGCUACACAAAGGCUCGGGGGUUGCUAGAGUGCGGUGGAAUUUCAACACAAGCACAGUUCUAGCACUCCAAACCUGGACCAGUUAGAACCUGUUCCUAGGUGUUUUGGGAGUAAAGUUAGUGUAAUUGUUUUGUUAUAAUUUUUGAGUUUGUUUGUGACUGUGGGUGGUGGGCUGUUGGAAGGUUUGCAGCAGACAGGGAGGAGGAUUUACAGGUCUCAGGAUGAGUCUGGCACCACAGGAUUGCACCUGUAAAUGCAGAUCCCAGCAGCAUGCAGAGCAGGUGAUCGCAGCUCUAACCAGUGGCUCUGAGAGGAAGCUCAGGGCCUUCCUGACAUCACACUGCCACAAUGCAGCCAGCCUGCGGGAUGCCUUUGGUCGUACAGCCCUUCACCUUGCAGCCUCCCUGGGAAAGAAGGCCCUGCUGGACUGGCUGCUGGACAGUAAGGCUGCAGAUCUGAUGAUGAAGGAUAAAGAGUCAGGCUGGACUGCUCUGCACCGCAGUGCCUUCUAUGGACACAUCCACUGUCUCAUAUCACUGGUCAAGCAUGGUGGGACUCUUUCCAUUCAGGAUAAGGAGGGUCUCUCUGUCUUGGACCUAACAAUGAAGGACCGACCAGCACAUGUUGUUUUCAGAAACACUGACCCAACAGAAGUGUACACUUGGGGAAACAACACUAAUUUCAGUCUGGGCCAUGGUAAUCAGGAGAGCCGACAGCACCCGGAGCUCGUGGACCUGUUUGCCAGGACUGGAGUUUACAUCAAGCAGGUGGUUCUGUGUAAGUUCCACUCAGUGUUCCUGUCCCAGAAAGGCCAGGUUUUCACCUGUGGACAUGGACAAGGAGGAAGACUUGGUCAUGGAGAUGAACAGACUUAUCUGGUUCCUCGUAUGGUGGAGGGUCUGAUGUCCCACCACUGCUCUCAGGUGGCUGCAGCUAAAGACCACACAGUGGUUCUGACGGAGGAAGGCUAUGUUUAUACGUUUGGUCUGAACACCUUCCACCAGCUGGGCCUAGUUCCUCCUCCUGCCUCAGCACAUGCUCCGAAACAGGUAUUUUCGAAAAUGCUGAAAGGACGGGCAGUGAUGGGAGUUGCAGCAGGGAGGUUCCACACAGUCCUGUGGACCAGAGAGGCUGUGUACACAGUGGGGCUGAAUGGAGGGCAGCUGGGGUACUUGCUGGAUCCAAAUGGAGAAAAGUGUGUGACAUCCCCCCGUCAGGUGUCUGCACUGCACCACAAGGAUGUUACCAUAGCCAUGGCUGCAGCCAGUGAUGGAGCAACCGUGGUUGUAACUGAAAAGGGGGAUGUUUAUCUGUUGACCGAAUACCAGUGUAAGAAAAUGGCUUCAAGGCAGCUCAACAUCAAGAAGGUCCUGGUCAGCGGGGGCAGUCUGGACCAUCGAGUAGAUCCUCAGCUGUUAAACGAAGGUGGAGGGGAAAAGGUGGCUGUGUUGGCAUUAGAUGAAGCAGGAAGGGUAUUUUGCUGGCGCUCCUCUGGCAGCUCGGUGAGACAGUGCAGGUGGGCAUAUCAGCGCCAGGUUUUCAUGUCGGACAUGUCUCUCAGCAAGAACGGCAUGAUGUUCGUGACUCCUGAUGGGGAAGGCUUUAGUGGUGUAUGGGCUGGAGAAUAUAAGAAGUACGGAGAGAAGAAAGAGGUCAGCGUGGAGGUGUGUGGUCAUUCUGAUGCUGGCACGCUGUAUGAACGCAUCCGUCUUGAGAGGCUUCCCUUUGUUCACAGAGCUGUCAGCAUCACAAUGGACUCCAAAGGACGCAAUUUUGGUGUGCUUCAGUCCGACCCCAAAACCAGUCUGUAUGAGGUUCCCAACAUCUCUUCAUCCUCCUUUUCCCAGCACUUCCGGAGCCUUCUGGAAGACGCAGAUGAAAUGGAUAACAUCCAUGACGUCACGCUUCAGGCUGGUGAACGCAACUUCCCCGCGCACAAGUACAUCCUGUCCAUGAGGUCUGAGUUUUUCCGGAAACAAUUUCUGUCCGAGCGCUGCGGGGUCAACGAGGUGGAAGUGAGGAGGAGUGAAGACGCCGUUGGUUGUGAUUUACUCAUAUUUGACAAAAUCCCAGCAGACGUUCUGGAGCACGCCCUGCACUUCAUCUACACAGACUCCUGUGAGCUGCUGGUGCACGGGGUACGACCCAGGGUCUCAGGUGCAUCGACAGGACAAAACCAGGGUUCAGAGCAGGAGAGGCUUAUCAGCAGUCUGCAGGACUUGGGUCUGAGUGGUCGCUCCGCUCUAGAGGUGUACCGUUCCCUCUCACCCUCAGCCAAAGGUGACAGUGACAAGGCUAAGAGCAGGAGCUCCAAGCCUGGCAGAAAAGGGAAGGGAGGCAAAGGUGACAAGGGAAGAGCCACUGAAGGAGGAGUGAACCCUGUGAAGACCUUACAGGCUGUUGCGAAGAAGCUUGGCCUGGGCAGCCUGUCAGCACGACUGGAUGGUGUCAAGUAUGAAAAUGGAAAGAUUAUUGUGACACAGAAGAAAACUGGCAACAAACCCAAAUUUUUCCAGAAAAAAUGUUCCUACCUCUGUGAUGUGACUCUGAAAUCUGAAGAUGGAAAAGAGUUUCCUUGUCACAAGAGUGUCCUCUGUGCAAGACUAGAAUACUUCAACAGUAUGCUUGGGAGCCCCUGGAUUGAGGCAACGUCUUGUUCUGCUUUAGAGAUGCCUACAAGCUCUGAGGUGCUGCAGGUCAUCCUGGACUACAUUUACACUGAUGAGUCUCCCACCAUUAAAGAUUCUCUGAAUGUGGAGUUUGUCUGCAACGUGCUGGUUGUAGCAGACCAGUUGCUCAUCACUCGGCUGAAGGAGAUGUGUGAGGUCGUCAUCACUGAGAACUUGACCCUAAAAAAUGCUGCAGAGCUGCUGGAGUUCGCCUCCUUGUACAACGCAGAGCAGCUGAAGCUGUCCUGCCUGCAGUUCAUCGUCCUCAAUAUGGCCGCCUUGCUGGAGUCAAGAGCUCUUGACAUUGUUAGUGAUGAAGUGCUGGUGGAGCUUUCUGCAGCCUACAGGAAGAUGAUCCCAGCAAUGCAGAAGCGUGUCAUCACCCCGUACCCUGAUGCACCAGACCUCAGUCUGUAUGAGGAGGAGGACCUGGACUCAGCAGUCAGCCCCAGACCAGAAGCAGAAAUGGAGCAGUCUUGCAGAGAAACACUGUUGAGGAAGGUGAAGAUGAAGGUCAAGAAGAAACCAAGGAGACGUUCUGACAGUUCAGGAGGGUACACUCUGUCUGAUAUUAUUCAGAGCCCCCCUGCUGCAGCAGGGUCUCCAAUCCUUGUGAAGUUGGACAAAGCCAACUCUACAGAGUCCCUGCAGGAGGUUGUCACGUCUGACUCAGAGGGCAGCUGCAUGGGAGUCAGCAGUCCCACAGACACACAGUCUCCCAUGUUUCACCACAGAGCUGAGGAUGACAGGGCUGUCAGUCACAUCCUUCAGACCCCACCCAGCAUCCUGACCCCUCUGAAGAACAGCAUCCCCACUCCCCCCACAUCUGCUCCACUAACUGUCCCUAACAUGCUCUCCUGCCCAGCUCCUGCAGCUCCAGUGUUGGAUCUAAGAACCAUCAUGGACAUGGAGGCCAGCUCCCUGCAGGCUCCUGGUGCAGCUCCUAAAAGCCCUGGAAU